AUGUUGUUUUCGCAAGAUCUCCCUCUUUUUCGUACUGUCAUCAAGCUCAAGCUGCAAGAGCUGCGUGUACACCCCAUUGGGGGCAGCAGCGGCGCUGCUGCAGCAAAGGCGCAGCAGCUGCUGCGUCUUCUGCAGCAGCAACAGCAACAGCAGCAGCAGCAGCAGCAGCAGCGGUGGCUCCCUGCUGCUGCUGCUGGUGCUGCAGCUUGUGGAGCAGCUGCUGCUGCAGCGCAGCAGCAGCAGCAGCAGCAGCAGCAGCAGCAACAGCAGCAGAGGGGAACUCUUGAGAGCAGCAGAGGGGGCGCUGAGAGCCGCAACAAACAGCAGCAGCAGCAGCAGGAGCAACAGCAAUACCAGCAGCAGCAGCAACAGCAGCAGCAGCAACAGCAGCAGCAGCAGCAGCAGCAGGAGGAUCAGCAGCAAGAGCAGCAGCAUCUGCUGUUGGUUGGUUGUUUUGUCUUCUUGUUGUUGAUCUAUUAG